AUGCCCUUCGCCUCGGAACACCCCCCCCUGGUCGUGCCCGAAACGGACAUCCUCAGCUAUCUUUUUGCCCGAGGCCCCCGCACUGACAAGCCGCUUUGGAUCGACAGCAGGCGGCCCAGCGAGAGUAUCUCGGCCCGCCAGGCGCUCGAAUGGGUCCGACGCCUCGGAUUCGGCCUGGAGAGGCUGGGGCUGCGGCGAGGGGACGUCGUCGCGAUUUGCACUCCGAAUCAUAUUUGGGUCCCCGUGGCCUUCCUUGGCAUCGCUGGAGCCGGCUUCGUCUUCAGCGGCGCUAGCCCGGCAUUCACUGUCCGUGAACUGGCCUACCAGCUGGCUAAUAGCAUGGCCAAGGCGAUUCUGGUCCAUCCCACCGUCCUCGAGCCCGCCCUCGAGGCCGCGGCACAGGUUGGCCUGCCCAAGGACCGUAUCUUCCAGUUCUCGGACAAGGCAUGCCAGACGCGCCACGGAGUCGACGACUGGACCGCCAUGAUCGGCACCCGCCAGCAGGGCGACGGUUGGCAGUGGCCGACGCUGGGUACGGGCGAGGCUGCCCGGGCCCUCGCCGCCAUCAACUACAGCUCGGGGACAACAGGCCUCCCCAAGGGCGUCUGCAUCUCCCACGCCAACCUUAUCACUAACCUCGAGCAAACUAUCUUUGUGAAUUAUGGCGGCACCCGCUCUUCUGGCCCACGGCUCGAGGAGCGCUGGAUUGGCUUUCUUCCCCUGUUUCACGCCUAUGGACAGCUCUUCAUGAUCCUCAUGGCGGCCAAGCUCGGCGUCCCUGUCUACGUCAUGGCUCAGUUCGCCUUGACCGAUUUCCUCGCCGUGAUCGAGAGGCAUCGCAUCACGAGCCUGCACACUGUGCCCCCAGUCCUGGUCAUGCUCGCCAAGAGACCCGAGACAUCUCACUAUGACCUGUCCAGCAUUCGGGACGUAGUCUGCGGUGCGGCGCCGUUGUCACGAGAGCUGCAGAAUGAGUGUCAGGUCCGGCUCGGGUGCCAGAUCAGGCAGGCGUGGGGCAUGACCGAGGCCACAUGCACCUGCGCAAUGACUCCAGUUGGCUUCCGUGACCAAAGCGGCUCUGUCGGCAAGCUGGUGCCCAAUUGUGAGGCCAAGCUCGUCGACGAUGAUGGGCAUGAGGCAGAAGCGGGCCAGCGAGGAGAAAUGUUCAUCAGAGGUCCCAAUGUCUGUCUUGGAUACUGGAGGAGCGAGCAGGCCACUCGAGACACAAUAGACUCUCAAGGCUGGCUCAGGACAGGAGAUAUUGCCAUUCGCAACGACGACGGCUUGGUGUACAUUGUGGAUCGCAAAAAGGACUUUAUAAAGGUCAACGCCCUUCAGGUGGCGCCGGCAGAGUUGGAAGCCGCCCUGCUGGAAAACGAGCACGUAGCAGAUGCGGCCGUUGUGGGCAUCACAUUGGCGGAGGGCAAUGAGCGGCCGCGGGCAUAUGUCGUAAUUCAAGUCGCAUCUCGCAGCACAGUGACGCCUGACAGCAUACGGACCUGGAUCGCCUCCCGUGUGUCCAAGCACAAACGACUCGAGGGCGGCGUCGUCUUCGUUGAUGAGAUCCCUAAGCUACCGAGCGGUAAGAUCAAGCGCAGGAUGCUGAGGGAGAGAGCCCGGAGAGAGACAAUGGAGCUGCAGGGACACAAGGAGAGCGGGGGAGAUGGUGUCAGGCUCAAGCCGAGCCUGUAG